CUCAUCCGCAUUCUGUUACGUGACACAAUACGAAGGUCCAUUUGAUCGUUGAUAUUCCCUCGGGUCAGGUAACAGCAUACGACGUCGUACGCGGAAUGGCAUCGACCACGCACGUGUCGACUGAUCGACCAGAGCCCCAAGAAAAGCGCCGCCGGAUAGAUCGAGUUACAGCAGCGUGUGAUCUUUGUAAAAAGCGAAAAGUGAAGUGCGACGGUGAACAGCCAUGCGCAUAUUGCCAACGUAAGGGUCGUGCAGAUACGUGCACCUUUACAGCCCCAAAGGUCCGCGGUUUACGGUCUGCUGGACAUACUCCAAACAGUUCAACCCCUUCGCACGUUAUUGAACAAGCAAAUCAACAAUUAACGCCCCACCGGCACAUACAUGAUGGCGUAAUCACUAUUGGAACAUCACUAUCGCCCACGAUCAGCAGAGAAGAACACCCCGAGGACACAGUGGUACCGCUGGAAGGCCGCAUUUUGCGUGAUGCGCAGGGCAAGGUUAUUUUCGUUGGUGAUUGCGCACCACUGUCGUUCUUGCAGACUGUCAGGCAUUUGAUUGCGUCUGCUGUCGAUACAGACGCGGUGCCCGCGCAAUCUUCUCGGGAUUCAAUAAUUGAAGUUGCUCGACCAGGAUCAGCUGACCAGCAACAUCCUUUAUCAGUAUCGUUACACGAAGUCGGGCCCCUUGUUCAGCAAUACACUGUAGCAGUCAGUGGCUUAGUUGAUUUGUUUGAACAUGAUGAGCUAAUGGGUGAGAUACGUUCUUGGGCUACAGGUGCAAUUGCGCGUCCCCACGAGUCUGCAGCUGCUGUGUUUUACCUUGUGCUUGCAAUUGGCGCGCAAGAAAGCCAUGAGAUCAAGGCAGAAGCCUGGUUCGUAUAUGCCAGAGAUAUACUGCUAAAGAAUCUCGUCAAUAGCAUGAACGUUUCAACAGUCCAAGGCUUUGCUCUCGUUACUAUCUACAUGCUCCGAGCUUUCCAGCCUAAUGGUGCCUACCUUUACUUUUCCUUAUCUGCUCGCACAGCUUAUGCUAUAGGCCUGCAUCGAACAGAAGUGAACGCAUCCUUUGGAGGUUCAAUCAAGGUCGUCAGGGACCGUAUAUGGAAAAGCCUUCGUGUUGUCGAUCAGCUCAUCAGUAAUCUGCUGGGUCGGCCCCCGUCAACUUCAGACGUGGACUGUACCGUCAAAUACAGUGUUGCAGAAGUCGAUGAAGAUCUCAACACACGUAUACUUGAUGCAAGUGUACAGAUAUUCAUGAUCAUCGAGCGAGUCGUGGUCGAAGUCUACUCUCGCAAACGGAUUUCUCUUCGCAUCGCAAAUUAUGUUUCUCGCCAACUGAAGACUUGGGCAACGAGCUGGCUUGAACCCUUACACGAGGCUACCAAUCAAGUAGAACCGGGCAGCCAAUCGCCACAGGCAGCCAUCGGGGCGUGCUCUACACUGUGCACGUACUACUACGGUAUAAUGCUACUCACAAGACCAUUCUUGAUCUACGAGCUGUACGAGCACAUGGGCGCUUCUCUUAAAGGUGGAGGUACACAAGUGGAACAUGAGGAGAAGCGAAAGUAUGCCGACGCCGCACUUGACGCCGCAUCGUCUUUUGUGGACACUUUACAGAAUGUCAUACAAACUGGGAAAUUGCCUCGCAGGAUGCCGCUUAUAGUAUCUUGGCUCUUCACCACUUCACUUGUGUUAGCAGUCGGCAUACUUGGCCACUCAGGAUUGACUUUUAAGGACGACUGCCAAGCUUCGAUUCGAUGCCUCGACUACUUCGGCAAAGUCGAUCCACAUGCAAGGCAGUACUCUCUCACUGUGCAAUCUCUUCUGAAGACGACGACAACACAUGUCAGACAACGAGAAAAACACUUGCGAUCGCAGCAAAAGCAAGCCUCAUCGCAGCUUUUUGGAUUACUUCCCCCAACUAAUACAACGCUAAGACAAGACGUCCAUCGACGUUGCCCAACUACUGUGCAGUCGUUCACUUCGUCAGUACCAGAAGUGGACAGUGUCAAUUCUGUCGCAUCCUCUGACUGGACUAUAUACGAUGCAGACUUUUUCUCAAUGCCAUGGAUGAAUGAGAAUGAUCAGGGCUUACAGGGCUUCCUGCAGCCCGGGACACACACUUUCGAUGGUGCGUCCAUCGCAGAUAUACCACUCUUCCCCAUGUACGACCAGCAAAGUGGCGGAAGCUUCCUCUGAGCACGGAAAACUCAAACACCAUUCGCCAUGCAGCGCUCAUAAUGCCAAAUGCAAGAAAAUCAAAAUGGAGUUUGCUGCGUUCA